UGCCGGCUUGGUCAUAGCUAUCCUGCACGUCGUUCAAGCGCAUGAGCAAGCCUGUCAAGCGGGUUACAUUCAUCGUGAUAUCAGUUCGGGGAACAUCCUCCUCUGCCAGGGAGAGAAUGGGUUGUGGCACGGUUUAUUGAAUGACUGGGAAUUAGCCGCGAAAUAUGUCGUAGGCCAGCCUGUGGAGGACACUACGGCCUUAGGAGAGUGCCCUGUGCUGGAAAGAACGGGCACCUGGCAAUUUCUCUCGGCUCACUGCCUCAACGAUAACGAAAAGACUGUCGACAUACCUGACGACCUCGAGUCCAUCUUCCAUGUCCUCCUUUACUACGCGGUACGAUUCUUCCCUCACAACAUCAAGGACGACGCCGUGGGGCUGUUCCUCUACAAAUAUUUCGACGACUACUCCCAGAGCUACUCGGGAAACACGUGCGGUCCGAUGAAGUACGCCGCCGUCAAGGAGGGCGAGAUCGAUCUGACGUUGUUGGCCCGCGGCCAGGACGCACAAGGAAAGACCGAGCAGGUUCUCCUCGAGUUCUACGCAUCAGCGCCAACGUCCAAAGCCGAGCCGGGGACUCCAGACAGCGCUCCCGUGAAAAGUCAUCCUAUCAACUCUCUCAUUACGACGCUGCUACAGUGGUUCAAGGAUUACUAUGCCCUCGACAAGUCAAAGCGUCAGCGGCCCGAGGACUGGACCUCCGAAGACGGACCUUCGGACGACGUCGAGGAUACUAUGGAGCUGGGUGGCGGAGAUGAAGACCUGCUUGCCCUCGAUGCCGCCGCUGCCUCUGUCGCCGCUAAUGGAGCGACAACUACUCUAACGACUGCCGCCUCUGACAUCACCGCGCCGAUGCAGGACUCCGAUACACAAUCUCCACGCUCUGAUCCUACUGCAAAGAUGACACAUCUUGCCUUCAAGGAGGAGAUCUACCAGGAGGUCAGGCAUAGGCAUGGCAAGUGGCCGCGUGGCGAUAAAGGGCCUGACAAGAGGCCGAGGAGUUUCGUCGUGCCUGGGAAGAAUGCUGCAGCGCGCGCAGCCGCCGUGGCCGCCACUGGCAGCGGGGGCUCAGCGCAGUUGAAUUCUACCAAACGGAAACAGGACAAGGACUCUGAGUCCAAAGCGAAGCGUCGGAAGGGCGGCCAGUGAUGCGAGCGGGGCUCUAUGUGUAAGCAAUUGCGCCGGGUUGCAGUUCACCGUUUGCCAGAGUGAGCUGAAUUGCCGACUUGUUAUGUACUCACUUCUAAGUAUAUAAAAUGCCUAUUGCUACAUGCGCCGACGACGAAACGAUGGUAAAGUAGAUCGAGUGUCAAUUGGG